GAGUGUACGUUUCAAACUUCAGAAAAGCCCGCGCAAAAUCACCAAAACCACUCGCAAGUCGACGCGAAUCGGACCGUUUUUUCUUGAAACGCGUGUUCCGCGAAAAAAACCCGUCGAAAUCUCCGCCGAACCAUGGAACGCUUCGCUUACCCGCAGAUUCGUGCCAAUUUCUGCCAACCGGACCUUCCGUCGGAACUGCUGGCGCACAUUUUCCGGUACCUGUCCGGGAACGAGCUGUGCCAGGUGCGGCUCGUUUGUCAACGCUGGCGGUUUGUCGUGAGCGCUUACCGGGCCCUGUCGGACCAACUCGCGCUCCGACUGGAGCGAGACGUUGCCAAGGACAGCCACUGGAUGGGCCAGAACUUCCAGCCGCCGCCGCUUGUGCCGGUAUCGUCGUUUGCGUUCGCCAACUGGGGCAUCGAAGGCGUCGAUGGGUGGUGGCCGGAUUUCGGCCGGAAGUUGACGGUGCUCUCGAUGGCCUGGUGCACCGUGCGGUUCGAGGUGUUCAUGGCGAUGCUGCGGGCGACGCCAAAUUUGAAGUGUUUGGAGCUGGACGUUGUGUUGUUCGAGGGGAGCUGUCCCGUGGCGCAGGACUUCCGGCUGGAACAGGUGGAGCAGCUUUGGUUGAAACGAGUGUACUGUGAAGUGUUUACCGUUGACGAGGUUGUUGACGUGCUGACGGUGAUGUGCCCUCGGGUGAAGGACUUUGCGAUGCGCGUGCCGGCCGGGUUGGAGGUUCUCCAAAAAGUGGUUCGGCGGUAUGAGACCACGUUGGACAUAUUCCAGGUGAAGGUGCAGCGUGACGAAGACGAUUCAAUGGCCUACCACAUUGCGCAACGCCCUGCGGAGAAUUUGGUGGCGGACAUGUGCGAGCUUAAGGGACUGCACUUGAAGCGGGUCUCGUUUGACGCGUCCGAGCCGUUCGACGAAGAGGACUGGACGCGGUUGAUCCAGGCUCAGCCCGGUAUCAAGGAGUUGGUCUUGUUCGUGGAUUUUUCGUGGGUUUUGAAACGGAUUGCCGAGCUCGCGCCAAAGAUCCGAGUGUUGGAGCUCCAUCCAACGUGUAUUAUGAACUUGCAAAGUCUCAACUGUUUCCAGCAGCUCGAGAUUUUGGUGGUGCACGGGUACAACUUGGGCAGCAGUCCGAUCCGCGAUGGUUUUUUUCACCCGCGGCUCAAGAAGCUGCACUUGCGGUCCGUUCAUCUCGAACGCUUCAUCGAGUAUCUGCAGCAAUGUACGCUCCUCGAGCACAUCCAGCUCGAAGACUGUCACUUUGGGAAUCGGGUCAUCGCCGCAACGACGUUCCCCAACCUGCGAACACUCGCCCUGCACAAUUGCAACGUUGAUCAACAGGUCCUGUUGUUCAUCUUCAACGGCAGCCCACGGCUUGAGCAGGUGCGCCUGUCCCGCAUGGCCCACGUGGACAACCAGAUUGUACAUGUGCUCUGCCGACGGGCCACCGGGCUCCGCAAGCUGGAGCUGAAAAAUGUUGGAGUGACGGACAACGGCUGCAUGUACAUCAUCCGGUACGCAACUUCCCUCGAGGAGCUGCGGCUGCUCGAGACAACGUGCUCGCUGCACGUGCUUGGGAUCUUGCAGGAGACGCGCAACUUGCGGGUUUGGUUUUCGGUUCCGAAACCAUGCUAACCAUUUGAACUCGCUAUUUAAUCCGUUUUAUGACCUUUUCUUUUUUCUGAAUUCGUGAAAACAGUCUUCAUAUGAUAUUUUUAACCGUUUAACUAACUACGCAAUAUUUCUUAUCUCGUAUUUCUCAUGUUGGUGUGCGUCACAUUUUUUGCAGCUUUGCAAAGUUUUGCCCAUUCCCAUUAUCAAAACAUGACAAAGGAAAAGUGGCUCAUUCAUUCGCUAAAAAUGCAAUAAACUACGAUUGAAAUUUGA